AACGUUCUUUAAUGGCUCCAAAUUUUUGAUAUGUCUUUAUGGACGUGAAUAUCUAGCUCUGAGAGUUGGAAUUACCUAAUUCCAAUCUCCGGUUUGUGAGAUAUGGUCUCUAAAAGACACCUCAGAAAUUUGGAAAUUGUCCUUGCAAAUGGAGCAAUAUUGCAAUGGGCUACUCGGCGAUGUUUCAUGUGUGGUGGCUGUGGUCAUGGCCACUGGGAAUGUUCAAAUAAGUAUGCCAUACCAUAUGAAGAGUGGGCCAUGAUUCAUGAGGAGGAAAAGAAAAGCUCAUGUGACCAAUUUGUCAAUGAGGAAGACGUCUUUAAUAUUCUUGUCAAAGAUGAAGAUGACGUCUUUGUAGAAGAACCGGCUUCUAAUGCUCAGGAAGAAUCACACUAUAAUGAUUCUUUCCUUAUUCAUGAUGACUUCGUUGAGGAGGGUAUGAUCGUUCCUGUCAAUGGGUUGGAAACGGCACUAAAUAAUGUGGCUAACAUGAUGGCCAACAUUAUGGAGCGAUUAGAUAAGGCUCUUUCAGGUCCAUCCGGUACCCGGGACAUCUCUGCCGGGCAACCUCGCCAGGCCCUACGUACUGCGAGCUCUCCUAUACUCCAGGAGCUUCAUGAUCCGGAGGAGGUCGAAAGGGAGAGGCAAGCCAUUGACAGACGCCGGGCAGAGGAAUUGGCCCGGAAUAACAAGGCAAAUGAAGGCCGGGUUAAGGAUGUAAGCCGGAUCAUCUGCGGUGGAAACGAGAACCCGCGGGGAUCUGUCUUAGAAAGGAUAUCUCACCAGAAAGCUCACGUUAUUGAGAGGCUAGGGAAGAAUCCAGAAAAGGCACCUCAGGGUUGGAUACGACCCCAGGCCAGCCAGGUGGCAUCUUCCAAUCGUGAACCCCGGCAGCGAAACGGCCGUGGUGGGAGUCAAGUGCUGGUCCGGUCAUUGAGGAAUCUGGAGGAGGAUGAGGUUCAAGGCCAAGCUAGGGUCCCAGCACCAUGUCGUCUGGGGCCGCCGGUGCCGGAAACUGUGGAAUUCCAAGAUCUGAGGCAGCAGAUCCAGGAGAUGCAGAGGAAGAUAAACAAGGGUCGAGAACACAUAAACAGCUAUGUCCAAGUGAUGAUCGCCGUGGACGCCAGUGACGCACUCAUGUGCCGGUGCUUCUUGCAGACUCUUGAUAGCAAGGUUGCGGAUUGGGUCAACCAUAUCCCUGCCGGAUCAAUCCGAACAUGGGAUGAAUUGGGACUACGGUUCCUAGAGCAUUUUGCCGGGAACUGCCGUCCCAAGAAGCAUUUCACUCACUUGGCUUCAGUGCGACAGAAGCAUGGAGAAUCUUUGAAGAAUUUCCUUAUCCGAUGGAGGAAAGAGUCCAGGGAGGUUGAAGGAACCGAUGAUAAAUCCAGGUUGGCUAUGUUCACCGCGGCGUUGCAGGAUGGACUCCUUCACACCGAUCUUACUACUCAUCCCCCGGAUACCUUCGACGAAGCAAUGGUCCGGGCGGGGCAAUAUGUGACCCUGGAAGAAAGAAAGGAGGAGAAGAAAGAGAAGACUCCUAAAGAAGAAGAGAAGACGGGAAAUAAGAAGCCGUUCAAGAACAAGAAGCAGGGCUUCCCGGAUGGCCUAAAGGGCGCAAGUCCUGGGACCUCAGAGAAGCAUAAAUCUGCCAAUCCAGUCUUCACGCUGCCAGUGGCUGAGGUCAUGGCCCAUGCUGCACAACAGGGACUCAUGACUUACCCAACCUAUUCUCAGAAGGUUUGCAAUGUGGAAGACACUGGAAAAUGGUGUGCUUACCACCGCAAGAAUGAUCACAACACGGAAGAUUGCUAUACUUUGAAGAAUGAGAUGGCAAGGCUAAUCCGCCGGGGUCAUCUAAAGAAGUUCGUAGAAGAUGGUGACACGGGAAAUCCCGGGAAUGCUCAGAAUGGAAAGCGCAGAGAUAAAGAAGUGGCCCAGGCUGAGGCCCGGGAGAAACGCCACAUUGGUCUUGAAGGCGAAGAGGAAGAUUCAGAACCCGCACCGCAUCGCCAGAAGAGACACCAUGGGUGUAACUUCAUCAUUGGAGGGAAUACUGGCGGAGACUCAGCCACAAGCCGGAAGAAGUGGGCUAACGCAGCAAUGGUCAACAAGGUGCUGGUCCCAGAAGGUAAGAAGCUGAAAACCGAGCCAAUUGUAUUUUCUAAUGCUGAUCUUCUAGAGACAGGGGUCCCCCAUAGGGAUGCCCUAGUGAUUACUAUAGAUAUAAUGGACUUACUUAUCCACAAAACCCUUGUGGAUACGGGAAGUUCCGUUAAUAUCAUGUAUAUGGAUACGUACAAGGCUCUUGGGGAUACUAAGGCUACCCGAAAGCUGGACAUGGAGUUUGUCGUGGUGGGGAUAAUCUCCAACACAAACAUCAUCCUGGGCAGACCCGGAUUGGAAGAUUUGGAGUGUGUCAUCUCACCUCGUCACCUGUGCAUAAAAUUCCCAACCCCCCACGGAGUUGGAAUUUCCAGGGGAUCUCAGAGAGUAUCCCGGGCAUGGUAUUUGAAGGCAACCAAACAGCCGGUCAAGUACGAUACCCAAGUGGGAGAGGUGACUGCCCAGCUCCUGAGGGCUAAGGAAAAACGUCCCAGAGUAGAGGUUGCCGGCGACAUUGAAGAAGUGGAACUGGAGCCAGGCACGCCGGGCAGGUUGGUCAGGAUUGGUAAGGGCCUGGGGGCUGAACUCAGAUCACGAGUGAUUUCAGUCCUUAGAAGGUUUAGGAGGGUCUUUGCAUGGGGUCCAGCUGAUAUGCCAGGGCUAGAUCACAUGAUUGCAGUUCAUUGCCUAAAUGUUCUGCCGGAUGCUAAACCAGUGAAGCAGAAACGAAGGCAUUUGUCGCAGGAAAAAAGAGAUUUAGUGAAAAAGGAGGUAGCAACCCUGCAGAGCAUUGGGCAUAUCUGGGAGGAAUGCCAAGAGGCAUUUGAAGAACUGAUGAGAUAUCUCGCAAGCCCGCCGGUUUUAUUUAAGCCGGAGCCUGGAGAUGUUUUGACUCUAUACUUGGCAAUUGCAGACUGUCCCAUAGGUACUGUGAUCGUAAGGGAAGAGCAUGGGGCUCAACAUCCGGUUUACUACGUCAGCAAGACCCUGAGAGACGCGGAGUUAAGGUAUUCCCGUCUGGAGAAAGCCAUGUUGGCGGUCUUCUGGACAGCGAAGGGAUUAACUCCGUACUUUCAGGCUCACCGGAUUGUUGUGCUCACUAAUGAGCCUUUGGCGUCACUUACCCGAAGCCCGGAGGCAUCGGCCCGGAUGACCAAGUGGGCAAUCUUUAUCAGUCAGUAUAACAUGGAGUUCAGACCGCGCCCAUCGAUCAAGGGGCAAGCACUCGCCGACUUUCAAGUUGAGUGCACCGCCAGAGAAAUGACAAGAACCCAGGUUGAAACCCGGGUGGAAAAGGACUGGUGGGUAAUGAGCAUCGAUGGAUCUUCUGGGUCUCGAUCUUGCGGAGCAGGUAUCGUCUUGAUCACCCCAGAAAAAUUCCGGAUUUAUUACGCUAUCAGAUUUCAGUUCCGCGUAUCCAACAAUGAAGCUGAAUAUGAGGCCCUGAUCAAUGGAUUGAAAAUUCUCAGUAAGAUGGGAGUAUCCAGGGUUCAGGUUUACAGCGACUCCCGAUUAGUGGUGGGACAAAUCACGGGGGAGUUUGAAGCAAAGGAAGAGAGGAUGAAAAGGUAUUGGGAUUUGUCCUUAGAGAUGUUGGGGAGGUUUGAGUUUAAGCUUGAACAUAUACCCCGGGCCCAGAACGCGGAAGCCGAUGUUCUAUCCAAGCUCAGCGUAGAAUUGCCGGAAUACAUAAGCAAAUUAGCAACCGUCGAAGAGCUGGUAACCCCAAGUCUUAACAGCAGUGAGGUGAUCUGGGUAUCAGCUGAUCCCCCGGAAUGGCUGGACCGGUUGGCCAAAUACAUUGAGGACGGUGAAGCCCCGGAGGAUCCCCAAGAAGCACAUUUGUUGCAAAUGAGGGCACCUACCUGCAAGAAGGGCUAUUAUCCAGGGAUAUUUCUGGCCAACGAUGAGGAAGGAUUGCGAAGAGUAUGUACGCAAGUGCCCGACCUGCCAACAAUUCCAGAAUAUACCUGGGAGGCCAGCCACGAUGGUUACAUGCCCAUCAGCUCUGUGAUUCCCUUCUCAAGAUGGGGGAUUGAUAUUGUGGGAGCCCUGCCAAAAGGAGCUGGGCAGGCAAGGUGGAUUGUGGUGGCGAUAGACUAUUUCACGAAGUGGGUGGAAGCUGAGCCACUUGCAAGGAUCACCAGAAGGCAGAUGAUCGACUUCGUCGGAACUAAUAUACUCUGCAGGACAAUCAUCGACGGAAUAAAGAAGAAGCUACUUUCAGAAGGAAGUAAAUGGGUAGAUGAACUACCCAGAAUCCUGUGGACAUACAGGAGGACUCCAAGGAGAGCUACGGGUGACACUCCUUUCGGCUUAGCUUAUGGUUUCGAAGCCCGGGCUCCCGCUGAGGUAGCAAUCCCCACCAGGAGAGAAAUGGAAUAUGACCCGGAGGUGAACGAAAAGAAUCAGGCCGUAGAACUGAAUUUUGUAGAAGAGCGAAGGGAUGAAGCACGGAUCCGGGCAAAGAAUUACCGCCGCCAGGUGAAAUCUUACUUUGAUAACAAGGUGAAACCAAGGGCGUUCCAGGUGGGGGAUUACAUUCUGAGAAAACGAGAGAAGAGCCAACCAACUAAGGGUGGGAAGCUGGCUAAGAAGUAUGAAGGACCUUAUAUCAUCAAGGCCGUUGUGCGCCCAGGUACCUACAAGUUGGUGACUCCCAAGGGGAAAGAAAUUGAUAGAACAUGGAAUGUAGAGCACUUGGUCAAAUUUUAUCAGUGAAACCAUUUUGUAAAAAUGCUCUUUUUUUAAAUUUAAGAUGUUUAUUUCGGUGAAUUGUUCUUUACUUUAAAUCCAAGUGCCUUUGCAAUUUCCUUGUUCUAUAGGUUUCUUAAAAAAAAGGGGGGGGGGAGAGCACCCCCGGGCGAUAUAGACCCGCAAUACAGGGAGGUAGAAAAGUUUAUGCCACCUGCUAAAAAUAGGGGAGGUAGAUAAGUUUAUGCCCCCCCCCCCCCGGAGGUAGAGAAGUUUAUGCCUCCGUCGAAAAUGAAGGAAGGGUUGGGAU